AGGCCGCUCAGUCGAGUUUCAGACGCCGUCGCGUUCAGUUCGUCGGUCGGUUUCAGUGGAAGACGUUUACAAUUCCUGUGUGUGUGUUUUGACCGCCUGCAACUUGCAAAACAAAAGUACGCCUCUGUGAAAAUGCAAAUUUGACCAAGCACUCGAGUGGCUGUCGUCGGUCGGUGGAAUUUGCCCGCACAUCGCUACCUGGUCGUCAUCAUCCCUCUGAAACUCUGGGAAUCCUGACGAGGGACGGGGGGCCAAGGCAAACGUCGCAUCCGUUUCCGGUUCUUUCUGUUGAUUGUUACCUACAUCUACUUGCAGUCGCGCUGGGUUUUCAUGAAUGAAAUUUUAAUUUCGUGUGUGCGCGCGAGUGUUUGUGUGAGCCGCAAGUCCAGUUUUGAGCCCGAACUCCAGCGGUGUCAACUGACGAAGGCCCAGCAAUCGCAUUGUCGUCAGUGCACCGUAAAGAUCUUUAUCGCAUUUUAAACACAAAUACGUUCUGGAGCAGAAGGCAAGAGGACGCGGUCGUCAGGUAGAAGGGAAACCAAACAUCGGAAACAUCGGCCAGGUUAAUGCGGUUUAUUGUUCUAUGAACGCUGGCACCGUCGCUCUGUUUAAGUUUCGCACGCUGAUAAAGAGGACCCCGCCCAUCGAAAUGUGGCCAAAGCUCUGCCCACUGCUUUUCACGCUCUCGCUGCUCGCCGCCCUGGCAGCGGCCAAUGACCUCAAGGAUCUGCUAGAGGACAGCACCACGACGACCAGCACCACCACGUCGUCGCCACCAAUUAUCAUAGCUGCUCCCACCACGCCCUCCGCCUAUGUGGUGUCCGCCGCGGCAGUUCCCGCCCUUGUUUCCGGUAGGGGAAAGCAGAAGAGCUCCUCCGGAAAGUUUGUCAACAAAAGCUCCCCCAGGAAACGCAAGGCGGAGCAGGUUUCCUCACUGCCACUUCCCGUGGAUGACGGCCUCAUUGAGUGGAAGUGCCCCAAUAUCACCGGCACCCAAAACGCGGAACUCGAGUGCGGAUGCGACCUGCCUCACACUCUUCGGUGCAACAUCGAUCUGCACGGAAUGAUGCUCCUGUCGGAAAGGCUCCGCACCUCUCCAUAUUCAAUCUCAUUGCUGGACUGCUCCCUGCGCAACGUGACCUUCCUGAGCGACGCCAAGAUCUUCGAUGGCGUUUCGCUACAUGGCCUAGUGAUCUCCUCCGGCGAAAUAAAGAGAGUGCACAAAUCUGCCUUCCUGGGAAUCCGAGGACCUUUGCAGGCACUCGGCUUGCCUGGAAAUGCACUUAUGAGUGUGCCCUGGAAUGCCCUGUCCACUUUAGGUGCCUUGGAGCGUCUUGACCUGGCCAACAACAAAAUCAAGGCCUUGGGCACAGCUGACUUUGUGGGCUUAACCAGCCUAGUCUAUCUGGAGCUGAGCAACAACCAGAUAUCGAGCAUUUCCCAACGCACGUUUGGGAAUCUUCGCAAGCUGGAGGUCCUAAAACUGGGAGGGAACCGAUUGGGUGACUAUCCACAAAGUUUGAGAUCCCUGAGUCAGUGCCUCAGCCUGCGGGAAUUGGAUCUGCAGGCCAACAACCUCAACGGACCUCUGAGUGAACAAACGCUACCCGGAAUGAGAAACCUAGAGAACUUGAACCUCAAUCGGAAUCUGAUCAAGAGCAUUCAGAACAAGGCGUUGGCGAAUUUCUCCAGACUAGUGAGUCUCUCACUGCGUCACAAUCAGAUCGAUGUCCUGCAGGACCAUGCCUUCUUUGGACUGGGAGCACUGGAUAGCUUGGAUCUGAGCUACAAUGGCAUCGUGGCCAUUUCCAGUGCCUCCUUGCAACAUCUUUCCCGUUUGACUAUACUGGAUCUCACCCACAACUUCCUGCGCGCUCUGACCUCCGAUUUGAUAGCACCGCUACCAUCUCUUAGGGAGCUACGACUGGCGGGUAACGACAUCUCGAUUGUGGCCAGGAAUGCCAUGGACGGAGCUCGGGAGCUGCAGAGCCUGCAGAUGCAGGAGAAUCCAUUGUCCUGCGACUGCAGCAUUCGUCCUUUCGCUGAGUGGCUGCAGGAGAGCAAGCUUCACUCCAGCCUGAGUGCCUCCUGUGUGACUCCUCCGAGAUUGGAGGGUGCCCCUCUCCUCCAAGUGCCAGUGGAGACCCUCAGUUGCGACAUGGACAAUGUGGAGAAGGACAACGACAACAUCAUGGAGCACCUCGAAACGCUGGCUAAACCAAAUCAGACAUCGCCUAUCAAGGAUCUCUCCGAGGAGAUUAUUCUUCAUGAGCUGCACUUUUCGGCGGACUAUGGAUUGAUCCUCACCUGGCUCUUGAAUCUUAGCAAGAAGGACUAUAUGUGCGACGCUAUUUUUGUCUACAAAGAAGAGCACAUAAACGAGAUUCUGAUAGACAACUCACCGAUCCAUUGCGAGAGUAAAGUGGUUAAUGGUCAGAACACAGUCAGUGUCAUAGUUCCAGAUAGUUCUUCCCUGGAAAUAGGGGAAAGCUAUCGCUUUUGCUUGGUGAUGAUCCAGGAGAAGAAUCCCAAGGCGGAACUGAACAUAGGUUGCUCCAAUAUCACCCAAUUGGAAAGGAGUAGUCCCGGUUCGGUUCCCGUGUCCCGUCAAUACCAGCGACGUCCCUACUACUCCGCCAGCGAGCUAAAACCUGAGGUGGUUCCCGAAGCUGGAGAGGAUUAUCAGAUGAAUCAGCGACGCUUCAAUUCAGUGGUCGGAAGUCAACAGAAGCAGCAGACGCAGCAGCAAUCGACUUUGCUGCACAGCUACACGGUGAUUGAUUCUCUGAACAAGAGUUUCUUGCCGGGAUUGGGACUCGGAGUGCUGGUCACCUCUGUGCUGGUCCUGAUUUGGGGAGCCACGCGAAUCCGGCAGAAUGGCGUCUCAAGCGGAGCUAACGAAAGUAUUGGCAGCAACAGCAGCAGCAUGCACAACAACAACAAUAACAGCAGACCGGGAACACCAACGGCCACCACCUGCUACGCCGCCUCGGAUCACAUAGCCCGCCUGGCGGAUGCGGAGAACGGGACACGCUACCUCAAGCUGCAGGCCACCACGAGCCUGUGAGGCAGCCGAAGCAGCCAGUAGCAGAAGCAGCCAGAAGCAGGAUUGGACGUUGCACCUGCCCACUCAAUAAACCUUGUGAUAGUACAGUACACAACCGACUGUACCGAUUUGAGUAGUUGUUAACGAUAUACGUACUCUUAAGGUUCACUGCACUAAUCCAAAAAGUUGGCCCACACUAACCCACUUGUGCCAUAAGCUAAUCGAUACGUAUCCCGAAACUCCCAUAUAUCAAAAAACUAUAUACAGCUGAGGUCAAAAGAAUAGCUUAAGAUUGGCAUUUCAAAAUUCCACAAUAUUUGGAUUUUAUAUUAUUACUUCUGUAUUAAUAAUGAAUAAUAUUCCAUUUAUGCUCAACCAACUUAACAAAGUAAUUCUACACAAAAGCAGCAAAUUCAUUAAAUUUAAUAGGCCUUAAAUUACCGCCUUCUUUUGACCUCCUGUGUACCAAUUUUCUUAAACGGAGACCCCUUCGGUCUCAUCCACAACUAGUGUUAACUUAGUGUUACGCCUCCUUCGUGUUAGAAAAGAACUCGUAAGUCAUGACCCCUUAGAAUUAAGGCUUUAAUAAUUUAUUAACAAAUUCAAAGCACACAGACAGUAGAAAAGAAAAACAUAACAUAGAACAAAUAAAAGUGAAAAGAG